UAUGCCAAGGGGCAGUAAAAUGGAGAAAUACCAGAAAAUCCGGGUGGUCGGCCGAGGGGCUUUUGGGAUUGUACACUUGUGUCUGCGAAAAGCUGACCAGAAGUUGGUUAUCAUAAAACAGAUACCUGUGGAACAGAUGACCAAAGAUGAACGUCUUGCGGCACAGAAUGAAUGUCAAGUGCUGAAGCUUCUCAGUCACCCAAACAUUAUUGAAUAUUAUGAAAACUUCCUGGAAGACAAGGCCCUAAUGAUCGUCAUGGAAUAUGCACCUGGGGGUACACUGGCAGAGUACAUUCAGAAACGAUGUAAUUCUCUUCUUGAUGAGGACACCAUUCUACACUUCUUUGUCCAGAUCCUCCUGGCCCUCCAUCAUGUCCAUACCAAGCUUAUUCUUCACCGAGACUUAAAGACUCAGAAUAUCCUUCUGGACAAGCAUCAGUUAAUUGUCAAGAUUGGAGACUUUGGCAUUUCCAAGAUCCUAAGUAGCAAAAGUAAAGCCUAUACAGUUGUAGGUACCCCGUGUUACAUAUCCCCAGAGUUAUGUGAAGGAAAGCCUUAUAACCAGAAGAGUGACAUCUGGGCCCUUGGUUGUGUCCUUUAUGAACUCACAAGUCUAAAGAGAGCGUUUGAGGCAGCUAACCUACCAGCAUUAGUGCUGAAGAUCAUGAGUGGAACUUUUGCACCUCUCUCUGACCGGUACAGUCCUGAGCUUCGUCACCUCAUUCUGAGCAUGCUCAACCUUGAUCCCUCCAAACGACCACAACUGAAUGAGAUCAUGGCCCAUCCCAUAUGCAUCCCUGCACUUCUCAACCUGUACAGCGAUAUUGGCAGCAUCAAGAUGAGAGUAGAGAAGCCUAUAACGGCUGUACCUGCGGUGAACCGUGGACGGCCGGCAAGUCAGAUCCCCAGUGCUAGAUCAAGAGGUGGCCGUGUUGGCUAUUCUCCAGCAAAGCCAGGUGUCCCACCCCCUCUGUCCACUGUGUACACCUGGGGAAGUGGAAUAGCAUCUCCCUUGAGACUCCCAAUGUUAAACACUGAGGUUGUACAGGUAUCAGCUGGAAGGACUCAGAAAGCUGGCGUUACAAAGUCUGGGAGGCUCAUCAUGUGGGAGUCUCCUCCGAUGGGUGCUGGAGCCCCCUCUCUUCCUGGUUCUGUAGAGCAUGCACAGCCUCAGUUCAUAUCACGCUUCCUGGAAGGGCAGUCUGGGGUGACCAUCAAGCAUGUGUCAUGUGGGGACCUAUUUACUGCUUGCCUCACUGAUAGGGGUAUUUUUAUGACAUUUGGCAGUGGUAGCAAUGGCUGUUUGGGACAUGCCAAUUUAAAUGACGUCACCCAGCCGACAAUUGUAGAGGCUCUGCUGGGUUACGAGAUAGUUCACGUGUCCUGCGGGGCAUCACACGUUCUUGCCGUCUCAAAUGAGAGAGAAGUGUUUUCCUGGGGCCGUGGGGACAAUGGACGGCUUGGUUUAGGCAGUCAGGAGUCACACAAUUCCCCUCAGCGGGUGCCUGUUCCACUGGACUAUGAAGCCCAGAAGGUUGUAUGUGGUAUUGACAGCUCUAUGAUACUAACUGUGGCCAAUCAGAUCCUGGCCUGUGGGAGUAACAGGUUUAAUAAGCUAGGCUUAGAUCAUAUCGCUGAUGGCAACGAGCCUCCUCAGAAAGACCAAGUGGAAGAGGCUUACACCUUCACUCCUGUGCAGUCUGCGCCACUCAAUCAGGAUGCCAUCCUAUCUGCAGAUGUUGGGACCUCCCAUUCUGCUGCUGUGACAGCUGCAGGUCAGUGUUAUACCUUUGGCAGUAACCAACAUGGGCAGCUGGGUACCAGCGCUCAUAGACACAGUCGUGUCCCUUAUCUUGUGACAGUUCCACAAGACUUAAAGGUGACUAUGGUGGCAUGUGGUGAUGCCUUCACUGUGGCUGUUGGUGCAGAAGGCCAGGUUUUCACAUGGGGGAAGGGAGCCAGAGGCCGAUUAGGCCGCAGAGAUGAGGGAAUUGGGAUCCCCAAAAUGAUCCAACUAGAGGAGAUUCAUCCUUAUGUUGUGACGUCAGUAGCAUGUUGUCAUGGUAACACUCUGCUGUCUGUGAAGCCCGCUGUGGAAGACGUAUCGGUAUAAGACAUGGAUGUUAUGACAGUGUCAGCCACACCUGAGUCUUCUGUGAAAUAUUGCUGUAAUGCACCUCUCUCUAUCUGAUUUGGGACAGAGUUAAUAUAUUCUACCUCAGAUUCUCUACCAAAUAUCACUACAUUCACAUGUAAUAGAUAUGUAAUAUUUAUAGACACAAAUGUACUCGAGUUAAGCUAUAUUUCACGAACAGCUUUUAUAUUUAUUUUGUAACUAUAUGUAUAUACAUCUACAGACACAUGUUUCUGAUUCAUUUGAUAACACUUCUGGAAAAGUGCAAAUAAUAUUAAAGGUCGUGUGUGAUUUCUAGUGAAA